AUGGCCCCUACCCAGAAAGUUUACAUCAUUGGUGUCGGCAUGACCAAGUUCAUCAAACCCAGAGACUUGAGAGACUAUCCCGAUAUGGGUCGUGAGGCUGCUACCAAAGCCCUCUUGGAUGCCGGUAUCACCUACGACAAGGUCCAGCAAGCUGCUGUCGGAUACUGCUAUGGCGAUUCUACUUGCGGUCAGCGCACCUUGUACCAGCUCGGAAUGCACCAGAUCCCCAUCAUCAACGUUAACAACAACUGUUCCACUGGAUCGACUGCACUCUACUUGGCUCGCCAGGCCAUCGAGUACGGUGUUGCCGACUGCACCAUGGCCCUCGGUUUCGAAAAAAUGGAGGCUGGUUCGCUCGGAUCCAAGUUCGAGGACCGCACCAACCCCUUGGACAAGACCGUCUCUAUGAUGAGCGAGACCCGUGGCAUCAGCGCCGGCCCCUUUGCUGCCCAGAUCUUUGGUAACGCCGGUAUCGAGUACUGCGAAAAGUACGGCGCCACCCCCACUCACAUGGCCAAGAUUGCCGAGAAGAACCAUCGCCACUCCGCCUUGAACCCUUACUCCCAGUUCCGUGACAUCUACACCUUGGAGCAGAUUGAAAAGUCCAACAAAGUCUUUGGCCCCCUCACCAAGCUCCAGUGCUGCCCCACCUCGGAUGGCUCUGCCUGUGCCAUCUUGGCCUCGGAGAAGUUUGUUCGUGAGCACAACUUGCAGGAUCAGGCCGUCGAGAUGGUCGCCCAGUCCAUGGCCACCGACUCGCCUAAGCUCUUCAACGAGUCCUCGAUCGAGUUGGCUGGUGCCGACAUGACCCGUCGCGCUGCUGCCGAAGUCUUCUCCAAGGCUGGAAUUAAACCCACAGAUGUCCAGGUCGUUGAGUUGCACGACUGCUUCUCUGCCAACGAGUUGAUCACCUACGAUGCCCUCGGACUCUGCAAGCCCGGUGAGGCCCACAAGUUGAUCGACACCAACGAUGUCUCCUACGGAGGCAAGUACGUCGUCAACCCCUCGGGCGGUUUGAUCUCCAAGGGUCACCCCCUCGGUGCCACUGGUUUGGCUCAGUGCUCCGAGUUGGUCUGGCAGCUUCGCGGCUGGUGCGGUGAGCGCCAGGUCCCCAACUGCAAGUAUGCCCUUCAGCACAACGUCGGUCUCGGCGGUGCCGUCGUCAUCUCGCUCUACAAGAAGGCCAACGAAUUGGGCUCUUCCCCCAAGUACGUCGACUCGCGCAAGCGUGUCGGCUACAACCCCGCCAUCGAGGCUCGUGAGGUCUCUGAGGAGGAGGUCGAGUCUGUCCGUGCCAAGGGUGCCAGCUCUGAGUUCAUGGCUCGUCUUUAA